CGGGACUAGGCAGGGCACCGCCAAAAUUACACCUUCUCGAGGAGUGCCGGGCAAUGGAAGCAUUUCAACCAGACAUCAACAAGGUCAAAUGGCUGUUACCUUGACUGCUCCGCCCGCUACAUGGGAUGCGGCGAAUCACUUUGUGGCCGCUGGUUCCCUCUCGGCUCCUACUAACAUGCUGAUCGAGCCUGUCGGUCCUCACUUCCUCGCACACGCUCGUAGGUUGCGUCACAACCGCACCUUCUCCGAGGAUGACAAGAUUCAGGCUGUUGAGGAAGAGGAGGAGGAGGAGCCCGAAGAUCCUGCUAUGUUGAAGAGCGAUCCCAAGGACUGGAAGAACCAAGACCAUUACGCCGUCUUGGGAUUGUCCAAGUACCGCUACAAGGCCGACAACGAGAUGAUCAAGCGUGCUCACCGCAGAAAGGUCUUGAAGCACCAUCCCGACAAGAAGGCCGCCAGCGGCAACUUCAAUGACGACGCUUUCUUCAAGUGUAUCCAGAAGGCUCACGAAGUCCUUUCCGACCCUGUCAGACGUCGUCAAUACGACUCUGUCGAUGAGAGCGCCAACGUUGAGCCCCCUGUGAAGAAGGCUAAGGGUGACUUCCCUUACAAGUCUUGGAACCGUGUUUUUGCUGCUGAAGGUCGAUUCUCAAACAAGCACCCUGUGCCUUCGUUUGGUAAUGAGGAUUCCUCUCGUCAGGAGGUUGAGGCUUUCUAUGACUUCUUCUACCACUUCGACUCGUGGAGGACCUUUGAAUACCUUGACAAGGAUAUUCCUGACGAUUCGGACAACCGUGAUCAGAAGCGUUACCAAGAGAAGAAGAACAAGGCCGACCGUGCCAAGCGCAAGACGGAAGACACUGCUCGUCUUCGCAAGCUUGUUGACGACGUCCUUGCGCAGGACCCCCGUAUCAAGAUGUUCAAGCAGGCUGAAAAGGAGGCAAAGGAGAAGGCCAAGUGGGAGCGUGAACGUGGUGCUCGUGAGGCUGCUGAGGCAGCCAAGCGUGCUGAGGAGGAAGAGGCUGCUCGCAAACAGAAGGAGGAGGAUGAGGCUAAACUCGCCGCCGUUGAUAAGAAGGCGCAGAAGGAGAAGGCAAAGAAGGAGUCGAAGAAGAACAAGAAGACCAUCAAGAACGCUUUGAAGGAGGCGAACUACUUUUCCGCCGAGGGAGCAGCCUCUGCUGCGCAGGUCGACAGCUGUCUGGAUGAUUACGAGAAGGUCAGCGCUCAGCUUGAGGCUGAGGAUAUUGCGGAUUUGGCCAAGAAGCUUGAGGGCUUGAAGGUCUCUGCUGACAUCCACGCCGUUUUCAAGGAGGCUGCGGGCAGUUUGGUUGCUGCUGGGAAGCUUAAGGCGGAGGAGUUGAAGGUUAUGGCUUAAAGUUUGACUGAAGUUAUACCAACAUAGAGUCUAAUGAAUGAAAGUAGGUUAGACCUUCAUGUUAAAUCCGAUGUUAAGUCUUAAGUAGAUUUGGUCCAUCGACAAUAUUAUGCGUACGUGUAGAUGUUUCCCUGCACAGUUAAGCAACACAAUCUGGGAACAGGUUACACGCGGCCCUACACGAGCGUAUAACGUCAACAUCACCUGGUGACUUCAGAAUAAUAAUUGAG